AUGCAAUAUGCAACAUAUAAGCCCGAGCUUCCAGCCCAGGCCGAUAAAAGAACCCCCAAACCCUCGCGCUCAGCAACAAUGGACGUUCCCUGUGCUGAGAGAAACGCUCCCCCCGCUUCUCCGCCGGCUCUUCCCUCGAAGCGACUCGAGAGCAUCCGAGCCAGUUGUGACAAUUGCGCCAAGUCCAAGGUUCGCUGCAGCAAGGAGCAGCCGCGCUGCCAGCGCUGCAUCUAUCAAGGCGCCAAUUGCAUCUACAGCCCGUCGCAGCGAGCGCGCAAGCGGCCACUGGAGGCCUUCCACGCUCGGCCACGGCGACGCGACACCUCGAAUGGCCCCGGUAAUGCUGCUGAGACGAGAGAUACGGCAUUGUUCGACGGGGAUUCUAUCGAACAAAUAACUGACUUCAAAGACGGCAAUGCAUCAACGGAGCCCGAUCGCUAUGUCUUCUCCACCUCGAGCAUGUUUCACGCGGAUGUCGACAGUCUGUUGAACUGGGACGAUUCGGUCGCGACGCUGGACGAGCAGUCGCCCUCCAACGAAGAGGCUGCGGGCUUGCUAGAUGCCCUAGCCAUGCCCCCGAUGCCACGACCCGACCUGCACCGCACCUUGGACGAUCCGGAAUCCCAAUUCCCUUGGUUGUUCCGCCACGAGAAGGAGACCCCGCCGCUGUUGUCGCAAGGCCUGAUGGCCGGGGCCCCCAGCGACAGCCCCAGAGCCCAUCACCACCACUGCACUAACCUGGCCAUUUCCACCAUCCAGAAACUCGACAUGCCCAUGGCCUCGUGUCCCUCUUUGAGUAGCCCCGGUGCUGCUGCCACCACCCCAGUCUCCAUGGCGAGCCAUGGAGCCGAAUCGCUGAGUUUCGACACGAUUCUCCAAGAUAACCACGCGGCACUAGACAACCUCCUCACCAUCCUUCAUUGCUCCUGCGCUGCCAAGUCCGAUCUCGUGCUCCUGAUCACGAUGGUGUGUUCUCAGAUCUUGUGCUGGUACCAAGCGAGCUUGGACCGCAGCGCCAACAACAACAAAUACAAUGGUGGCAGUGGCAGCAGCAGCAGCAUCAGCGGCAGUAAUGGCACCCACUCGCGAGGAUCCUCCGCUGUCACCAGCACGCUGCGCGACGACAUGUCCCGGUCACCCUUCGAGAGAGUGUCGAUCCCGUCCAUCCGGAUCGGCAUGUAUACGCUCGACCAUGAACACUCGGAUCGGAUGGUAGCGCAGUUAAUUCUGACGGAGCUAAUGAGGAUGAAAGAGGUUGUGGAGGUGUUUAGUCGCACAUACUGUUACCGCGGAGACUAUGCGACAAAGUACACGUCGCGCGGCGCAGUCAGUGAGGAGAGUAGAAGCCAUCUGCACCAGGCUCUGGAGGCGUUCCUGCGCAGUCGACUGAAGAAGGCUGUUCGGACCGCGUGUGAGCGAUUAAAUCCGCGGUGA